GGAUAUAGAGCGCGUUUUCAGAAGACAUCGCUACAAGUCGUUCAUCAUGCCUAGGAUUAACAUCAAAGGGGGUGUUUGGAGGAAUACUGAGGAUGAAAUUCUCAAAGCUGCUGUUAUGAAAUAUGGCAAGAAUCAGUGGGCACGGAUAGCUUCCUUGCUACAUCGCAAAGCCGCUAAGCAGUGUAAAGCUAGGUGGUACGAAUGGCUUGAUCCCAGUGUCAAGAAAACCGAGUGGAGCCGUGAAGAAGAUGAAAAGUUACUACACCUUGCAAAGCUUAUGCCAACUCAAUGGCGAACAAUUGCUCCGAUAGUUGGAAGGACUGCAAAUCAAUGUUUGGAACGCUAUGAAUAUCUUCUGGACAAAGCACAAAACAGAGAAGGGCUAUCCGCAGAGGAGGAUCCUAAACGCCUCCGUCCUGGCGAAAUCGAUCCAAAUCCAGAGACUAAACCUGCCCGUCCAGAUCCUGUUGAUAUGGAUGAAGAUGAAUUAGAAAUGCUUUCAGAAGCCAGAGCACGGUUAGCCAACACACAGGGUAAAAAAGCAAAGCGUAAAGCUAGAGAACGUCAGCUUGAGAUUGCACGAAGAAUGGCUAUGAUGCAAAAACGUCGAGAACUUCGAGCAGCUGGUCUAGGAACAUUCUUAGGGUUAGCACCUAAAACAAAGCCAUGCAUGGAUUAUAAUUCCGAAAUUCCAUUUGAGAAGCAACCUCCUAAAGGGUUUUAUGAUACUAGCAGGGAAAAACCAGAAAUCAAACCUAUGGACUUUCAACGUUUAAGACUUUCAGAUAUCGAAAAAGAAAGUUUCAUGGAAAGGGAAAAGCGUGAACGUAAAAAGGAUGCUGAACGCCAGGCUAAACGUAUGCAAUCUGAUUUACCUGGAGUUAUUUUGCAACGUGGGAAUUCUUUGGAUGAGCCAAUGUUGAAACGAUCUAAACUUGUACUUCCUGCUCCUCAAGUAUCUGACCUGGAAUUGGAAAAUUUAAUCAAAGUUGGUCAAGCCGGUGAAAAUGCUGUAAGAAUGGCUAUUGAAGAUGCUGAUGGUGAAUUGGGCUCUGCAACACAUCCUCUUUUACCGGAAUAUCCUACCGGUAGUUUUGCAACACCUGCGUUAAAUCUUCAACGCACUCCAAUGGCUGUGAUAGAUUCUGUGACUAGAGAAGCACAAAAUAUUUUAGCUUUGCAACAAGUUCAAACUCCUCUUAAAGGUGGUGAAAAUACUCCAUUAGUUGGUGAAUCUGAUUUUUCUGGUACAACGCCUCGUUUACCAAAUACUCUAGCAACUCCGAAUGUUUUACUUCCUAGUCAAAUAGUUGGUGCUACUCCAUUUCGUACACCGAACAGCAACAUUGAAAAUGGCACUCCAAAUCUUCUCAUGGGUGGUGAUGCUAAUAAUACACCUGGUCCAUUAAGGAAAGGUGAUCAACAUUAUGGUCCCCCGGUGUCAAAUACACCACUAAGAAAUCGUUUGAAUAUAAAUCCAAUCGAUGGAAAUAAUUUAGAUGGUCUUAAUAAUAUUAGUAACAAUAAUCAUUCCGAAGGUAUGGUAGACUAUUAUGACCAAAAUGGUGUGAAAACAAAUCUACGCAAAAGUUUAGCUAAUCUACCAACACCGAAGAAUAAUUUCGAAAUAUUCCUCCCUGAUGAAACUAAACCUAACGGUGAUGAUGCUGAUGAUAAUGACGAAGGUGUUAACGUAGAUAUGGAUCAAUUGGAAGAGGAGAGGGGAACUGCUUCAAGAAUUCCAGAUCAGUCAGAUUUAGAUAGACAAUCUGAAAGAGAACGUGCUAAAGCCGCUGAAUUGGAAUGGUCUAAACGAAGUCAAGUUGUUAGACGAUCUUUACCUAGACCAUCAGCUGUGAACCAUACGAUUUUGCGUAAUAUUCCAGGUUCAGUUAACCAACUGUCUCAACAAGAUGCGAAUAUGACAGAUUUACAAAAGGCUGAAGAGUUGAUUAAACAAGAAAUGGUAACAAUGAUGCAUUAUGAUAAUUUAAACAACCCACCACCAAAUCAAUUGUUGGAUGCAGCUAAGCAAACUACUGGUCCAAGUGGUGGCAGUGGUGUUGCUCCAGCUAGUCAACAGCGACGUUAUUUACAACAGGUCAAAGCUACACAUGAAAGCUUUUUGAAAGAUUGUCCAUAUGAACAGUUUGUUCCGGAUGAUUUGAAAAUGGCGGAAAAUUUAUUGGAAGAGGAAAUGCAUGUCGUUCGAAAUGGUAUGGGACAUGGUGAAUUAUCGGCUGAAGCAUAUGCUAAAGUUUGGCAUGAGUGUUUAAGCCAAGUUUUAUAUUUGCCAGCACAUAGACGUUAUACACGAGCUAACUUAGUAACAAAACGUGAUCGAAUUGAAUCACACGAGAAACGAUUGGAUCAACUUCGUCAUCUUAUGGCUGAAGAAGCUAAACGAGCAGCAAAACUGGAGAAGAAACUCAGGAUAUUGUUAGGUGGAUAUCAGUCACGUGCGCAAACCUUAAUGAAAGCCAUUGAAGAAAGUGUCGAUCAAAUUGAACAAAGUCAAAUGGAAUUAACCACAUAUGAACGACUUCACGAGCAAGAAUUAUGCGCUAUCGCUAGACGUUCUGAUGUUUUAGAAGCUGAUGUUGAACGUCAACAAAAACGAAAUGCUGAUCUUCAACGAGAGUACGGUAGAUUAAUUCGUAUUCGUGAAGAACGUGAAGCAGACGCUUUCUUAGCUAGUAAUAUGGAUUUGAUUAGUAAUGGUGGUGGUGGUGGUGGUAAAGACGAUGGUGAUACAUCAAUAUCGGUCACCGCUAGUGGUGACAUUACAUCUAUUUCAACGGAUAUACAUAAUCAAUCUAAUACUGAAUCAUCACAAGCACAAAAACAAACAAUGGUAUAUGGAAAUAAGAAUACAGUAUCAGGCAAGUGGAUUGCUGUGACACAGAUUGAAAAUAUAGAAGAUCCUGAUCAACCGAUGUUAUCCAAUGGAGAGAUUCCUACACAGUCUCUUCAUGCUUCAAAUCAUUUCGAACAUGAUAAUAAUGAUAAUCAUCUUCACUAUACUACUGAUGAAAAUGUUAUUGUGUCUUCUUCAAAUAACAAUGAGAAAACAUCGCCUAAUGAUACAGAAUCAUUGAAUAAUAUCAUGAUAGAAUCAACAGUAAAGCAACAAACUAUUAGUUCACAUUAAAAUGUUAUUUUAUCUAAUUUCCAUGUAUACAGAAUUGUUUUUGCCUACCUUUCUCUCUCUCUCUCUCUCCUUCUCCCCCCCUCAAUUUGGUUUUCAUGCUUCCCAAGUGUGUGUGUGUGUGUUUUAUUGAAAAAACAUCUUGUCUAUUGGUCCUAUUCAUUUUUUUUUAAUUUCCCUUCUUUUUGUGUAUGAAGACUUCAGAAUUUUCUAUGCAUUAUGCAAAGUUUAAACUAACUAGCUAAUGGCAAUUUGUUUACUGUUUUCUUUAUAGAUUAGUGAAUUAUGUAUUUAUGCUUGUAUUGAAAAAAAAUAUAUAAAAGAAACAUUUUGUUUCACACCAUUAUAUCUAUUACUUUCUCUUUCUCUCUCUCUCUGCCUCUGCUAUUCACUUGAGUGUUUGUAAAGAAUAAUAAUAAUAAUAAUAAUAAACAUCGUAAUGAUUAUAAUUAUCACUAUUAUUACAGUUACAGUGUUAUGUAAUCUAUGCAUAAAUUCUAUUAUUGAAAAGAAGAUUAUCUUUUUUCAUUUUGGUAAACAAAUGAAUUUGAUGAAUUUAUAAGUUAAUUGAAACUAGAUCAGGAUGGAAAACUUGAAAACACUGAACGGUCGUUUUUUUCUUAUUGUGGAACUCUUGAACAGUGCGUAAUCACGAUUCUGUCUCGUGAGAUUCGAACCCAGGACCUAUCAGUCUUGCACGAGAACGCUUAAUCUCUAGACCAUUGAGCUGGCAAUUUCGUGGACUAGUUGAAGUUAGACAUUAACACCGUUGGUUAGGCGUUCGUGCGUGAGACUGAUAUGUUCUGGGUUCGAAUCUCGCAAGGAGGCGUCGUGGAUGCGCACUACUGAGGAGUCCCAUACUAGGACGAAACGGCCGUUCAGUGCUUCCAGGUGCUCCAUGGAGGUCUAGCUUAAUUGACUUAUGAAUCCAAUUAUAAAAUUACUAAAAUCUCC